GCCGCCGCCCGCUCCGCUCCGCUCCACCUCCACCCUUAAACCCUUGUCGGCUCAUAGCGAGGACCCCGAGGAGCAUCAACCACCACCGCAGCAGCGCCGUCGCGUCCGGCCCGCCAUGUGCGGCAGGGCCCGGUGCACCCUCAGCGCGGCGCAGGCCGCCCGGGCCUUCGGCUUCCCCACCACCGCCGCGGCCGCGGGUCCCGACGGCGGCGCGGGGGAUGCCCCCGCCGUGCGGACGCUCGACCUGGACCGGUUUCGGCCGUCGUACAACGUGUCCCCGGGGGCGUACCUGCCGGUGGGCACCGUGCGGGCGCAGCCGGCGGCUGGCGGCGACGGAGGGCGAGGGGGUGACGGGGCGGAGCCGGUGAUCCAGUCCAUGAAGUGGGGGCUGGUGCCCAGCUUCACCGGCAAGACAGAGAAGCCCGACCAUUUCAGGAUGUUCAAUGCCAGGUCAGAGUCUGUAAAAGAAAAGGCUUCAUUCCGGCGAUUAAUCCCGAAGAAUAGGUGCCUUGUUGCAGUAGAAGGGUUCUAUGAGUGGAAAAAGGAUGGAUCAAAAAAGCAGCCAUACUACAUACAUUUUCAAGAUCACAGGCCUCUUGUCUUUGCGGCCCUUUAUGACACGUGGACAAAUUCAGAAGGAGAGAUCGUCCAUACGUUUACUAUUUUGACUACUCGCGCAUCAACUUCUCUAAAAUGGCUUCAUGACAGAAUGCCUGUGAUCUUAGGCGAUAAUGACUCUGUUAAUGUUUGGUUAAAUGAUGCUUCUGUAAAGCUUGAAGAACUUACUGCACCUUACGAAGGAACUGAUCUUGUUUGGUAUCCAGUUACACCAGCAAUGGGUAAAACAUCUUUUGACGGUCCUGAGUGCAUCAAAGAGGUGCGUUUGGGACCAAGUGAAAAGCCUAUUUCAAAGUUUUUCACCAAGAAAUCUACUGCCCACGAUCAAUCAGUGAAUCCUGAAAAAAUAACUCCAGAGUUUGCAGAAACGCAUGCUUCCAGAGCUUCAAAGGUGGAAUGCGAUGAGUCAGUAGAAAAUCAACCAGAGGACGUCAACCAACAACAGUCUGGAGAGAAGCAAGCUACUUAUAGCACUGUCAAAGAUGAACCUGUCAGCUUGGAACACCAAGUUUUUGGAAAACCUCGGAGCAAUAAGGAUGAAGAUACUAUGACAUCGACUGAUAUUACUACUGAGAAACAAGAUGAUUUGGGGACCAAGAGAAAGAUCAAGGAUACUGAAGUUAAAGCAGAGAUUAUGGAGAACAGUGGUUGGUCGCACUCACAGCCUACAACUACAAAGAAGGCUAAAGGGGCAAAAGCUGCUUCAGAUGGCCAGGCAUCGCUGCUUUCGUAUUUUGCAAAGAAGUAGCUUCGCACGAUUUAUCUGCAUUUUGCUUAGCUGUGCCUGUGCGGUAUAACUGAACUCUUGCUUAUCCUCCGUGCUUAUGUCAACUUCACGAUUCCUUUUGUUUCUUCUCCAAUGCCCGGCACGGCUGUUUAAGCGCCCUUCCUGAGGUGGCCAGUGUAUGUUGCCGCCAGGCAUAAUGGUUGUAGAUAAUCUGUAGUUGUGCCAAAAGUUAGACAGGCAUAUUGGCUAAUGUUUUAAGUUGGCAUAUUUGCAA